AUGAGUGCAACAAAGACACAAUCCCAGAAAGUUUUCGAAAAACUGAAAUCCAAACCGGCAAAUAAAAUAUGUUUUGACUGUGGCACCAACAAUCCCACCUGGUCUUCGGUUCCGUUUGGUAUUUAUCUGUGUUUGGAUUGCUCGUCUAACCACCGAAACCUCGGCGUUCACAUUUCCUUUGUUCGCUCUACCAACCUUGAUCAGUGGCAAUGGGAACAAUUACGAAUUAUGAAAGUGGGAGGGAAUGAGUCCGCAACGAAAUAUUUCCGGUCACAUGGAGGGACCGCGGCUUUGGCCAGCAAGGACCCCAAAGUUAAAUAUACGUCCGCUGCAGCAGUGAAAUAUAAAGAAGAGCUGAAGCGAAGAGCACAGCUGGAUGCGCAAGAGUUUCCCAACGAAGUUGUCAUCAUUGAUGCUGGGCCAGCAUCUCAAUCUGACGGAACCUCCACACCCGCAGGUGAAGGCGAAGAUGACUUCUUCUCAUCGUGGGAUAAGCCAACCAUCAAACGACCAAGCAACCCUCCUUCGCGGACUUCUACCCCACCUGUAGUCAGCCGCACUGAUUCCCCGUUCCUCAACGCGGGCGCUAACGGUAAUGGAGUUUCCCGACCGAAAUCCCCCCUCUCCGGCUCAGAUGAUAAAUCCCCAGUGUCAGACCCACCCGUGGCUGUUCGGUCAAAUCCUGCAGUUCGCAAGACCGCGGCAGUUGGCGCCAAGAAGGGCAGUGUAUUGGGGUCGAAAAAGGCUCCGAAGUUGGGCGCCAAAAAACUUAUCAUCUCCGAUGCAAUUGACUUCGAGGAAGCGGAAAAAAGAGCAAAAGAAGAGGCGGAGCGUAUUGCCAAGCUGGGAUACGAUCCCGAAGCGGAGAGGGCCGCAGCUGAGGCGAAAAAAUCCGGAUCUUCAGCCUCCAAAAUAGCCGCCCCAACACCCGUCAGCCCCAGCCGGGGUAGCUUUGGAGCCACCCGAAGCCACGAAAGAAGCUCCAGUGAAAUCGAACGUCUUGGAAUGGGUUUGGGCCGCCUGGGAUUUGGUCAAGUUGGAGCGGCAGCAAAAGCUCCUGCCCCUAAGAAGCUAGGAUUUGGAGCCACUGCCGCGUCCAAGGCUGUUGAUGACGAGGAACUAGAAUAUGCCAGACAGAAAUUUGGCAGUCAGAAAGGGAUCUCCUCGGACGAGUUCUUUGGUCGCGAUCAAUUUGACCCAGCCGCCCAGGCCGAAGCCAAGAGCCGUCUCGCAAAUUUUGAAGGCGCCACUUCUAUAUCCAGCAAUGCAUAUUUCGGCCGUCCCGAAAAUGACCAACCAUCUACCGACGAGUAUGGCAAUUAUGAUGACCUGGAAAGCGCAGCGAGAGACUUCGUGCGACGAUUUGGAGUUACGGCAGGCGAUGACUUAGAGAAUCUGACACAAUUUAUUGGUGAUGGAGCCAUUCGAACCUAUCUGAACAGUUAG